GUCAUUGCAUUGCUGCAUUGCUAGCCCACGGCCCUUUUGGACGUUACCAUAGCCCCGGACUAGUUACCCGGUCUUCAUUUACCUCAGUAGCACAGUUGUUAUUUGAACUUCUUCUUUGCAGCCAAACGAUCCGCUGACCGCGGUCCAUAUUGUACAGCUGCCAAAGUGGAGUGGUUCUGGACGAAUACUUCCAGGUCAGAAAGUGACUCUGGAAAGGUGGAGGAUCGGAAUAUGUCUCGAGCAACGUCAACCUCAGCUCCUCAGCUGACACCCCAAUUCUGUUUCAACGAGAGGUUGCUCAGAGAUUUUCUACGAAUUUCUAGAUCGACCAUAGAUGACUCCAUUACGCAAAACCUCAAUGCCUUGUUCACCCCAGCUCGACAAGGAUUCGAUCCAUCUUCCACAGCUAUUCGACAAAUAGACGCCAGUGAAGGGAAGCAGAUCGAACCAGCUGCUUGCCAGGGCUUCAAGGAUAAGAUCUUGUUUCCGUCAUGGCAAGUCCGUUCGGACGUGCUCAACUAUUGCGCCGGAGUGGCCACAAGUCCCGACCCGGAAGACCCGGACCUCAUUCUCCAGCAGACCGAAUCUGCAGAGGAUCGCGAGCAUAUUGUCGAUGAUCGCCUAGACCCAUAUGCGGCCCGGUUUUUGCCUCGGGAGGCACGGACUGAGUCGUUGGCCAACCUUGUCCGCACUCAACGGGGGGUCGAAGACAUUAUACGCACGCGCACAUGGGGUUUGGUAACGGAAAGAUGUGGUGGCCCGUCGGAGGGCUGGGAAGAGGCGCUGAAUAAAUGGCGUGAGAAGAAACAACGAGAGCAGGCACCACCGUUGACAGAGUGAUAUGAUUCCGGGUCCAGUAGUAGUCACCGCAUUGGUUAUGGUUGAGGGCCUCCAAUCCCUGGAGGUCUCAUUUCCAGCUGCAUAUUGUCUGGUUACUGAUCUAAGUUGAUGAGACUGGACUUGCUAUGUAUAUGAUGUUGUAAGAUAGUUGCAUAUAACAGGCGUUCUUGGUUGGAGCCCAGGCGGGAUGUGUGAAUCAAAACAUGAACUUGGCU